AAAUCCAAUUUCCCAGAUACACAAGUUAUUGUUUUCAUCAAUGGCUUCCCUCCAAAAUCAAUCCAACUUUGAAACCCAGAUUCCGGCUGAAAUCCUCAUCGCUCGCGUCAUUCAAAUCCAUGAUAGGAUUUCCAAGCUCGAGUCUUUAAGGCCAUCAAAGCUGGUGAAUAGCCUCUUCACUCACCUCGUCAAACUAUGCACCCUCCCUUCAAAUAUAGACGUUAAGGUCUUACCCCAAGAUGUGCAGCACAUUCGUGACGAUCUCAUACUUCUUUGUGGCCGAGCCGAAGGCUUGUUGGAGCUUGAAUUCGCCACUUUCUUAUCCAAAAUCCCACGACCAUUGAAUAGUCUCAAUCUCUUCCCUUAUUAUAACAACUACGUUGAGCUGGCCAGUUUGGAAUAUAGAAUUCUUUGUGACAAUGGUGUGGUGCAACCAAAGAAGGUGGCGUUCGUUGGUUCGGGCCCAAUGCCUCUAACCUCCAUUGUAAUGGCUACCCAUCACAUGAAAUCUACACAUUUCGACAACUUUGACAUUGAUGAAGCGGCGAACGACGUGGCUCGUCAGCUCGUUGCGUCGGAUAGCAAGUUCGAGGAGAGGAUGAAGUUUGUGACACGUGACAUUAUGGAAGUAAGGGAGAAGUUAGCUGAAUAUGAUUGCAUAUUUUUGGCUGCUUUGGUUGGGAUGAGCAAAGAUCAGAAACUAAAGAUUAUUGGGCACGUAAGGAAGCACAUGAAGGCGGGAGGGUUUUUGCUUGUGAGGAGUGCCAAUGGUGCUAGAGCAUUUUUAUACCCCGUUGUGGACGAGGUAGAUUUGCCUGGUUUUGAGCUUCUUUCGGUUUUUCAUCCCACAAAUGAAGUGAUCAACUCUGUUGUUCUCGUGAGAAAGCCCAUUUUCUAA